AUGUCUGAAAUCAACACCGGAUACAGAGAGACAACAAUGAAGCAGAAAUUGAUAUACCCUACUGGCAGAAACAUGGCACUUAAGCUCUGCUUAAUACUCCCAAUGAAACUUGAAACAGGACCGCGCACUUCUGGAACGCCAGAAUUAGACUUUUGCGGUUCCCAUUGUCAGAGUAAUGGAGACGAAGAAGCUUGGGGCGAGGUCUUUGAACUGGUUGGCGAGGAGUUGAGGCGGGGGCCAGUGCU